AUUUAUUAGAUGAGAUUUGAACAUUAAAAGUUCGAAUUUACCAAUGGCUUUGAUUUGUAUGACAUAAGAAAAUCGUGAGAGAAAUUGACACGUAGGAUCAUGACAACACAUAGGAAACUAAAAUACAGCGUGUCCGAUGCUAGCCGUCGCAUGUAUAGAGAUGAAACCAACGGGAUUUAUAGAAAGCUCGGCAAUCCAUGGCCCACAGAAAACCAACUGAGACAACAAAAAUUUGAGGCAAGGCAGCGGCCACUUAGUCACAUUUUGGCCUCUAGUUCCUUCAGAGAAGACUAUAACAGGGAACCAAUAACCAGGGGACAGAGUUUAAGCAAUUUGAAGAAAGCACGGUUGAGAAAUUCACUGAAUCUACCCCAUAGUUUUUCUUUGGAUUUAGAGUACGAUGUGGAUGCAAAUGCAAAAAUAGACGACGGCUUUUUAGCUAAAUCUGGGAAUCUAAGAGAUGUAACAGUCUCUGGGGAUUCUGCUUUUAAUUUUGUUCCAGAGAGGGAUAUAAUAUCUCUAGGAGACAUUUCAUCCUCUCACGUUACAAACUGCCGUGCCCUCCAAAAGACCCCAAGCGUUGGAAGUAAGAGAUCUAGCCUUAGAUCUGACAGAAUCCGAAAAUCAUCAUCAUCAUCAUCAACAUCCUCUUCCAUAUCGCGAAGCCAAUCAUCUAAUUCACGAUCGUCCUCACCAAAAACCAGGUACAAAACAAAGGACAUUGAACAUGUACUUGAUAACGCAACCGACAGUGAUAGCGAUGAAUCAUCCAAAAUCCACAAGGUAUUACGCAAAAGGCCUUCGUUCAAGGAAAUAUUUCCAGAACCUGUAAACCAAGAAUUUAUGGACAAAUCUGUUGAAAGAAAAUCAUUUGGUAGAUUGUCAUUCUCGGAGCAAGAUACCAAUAGAAUUUUCGAUUCGGAAGUAAGUAUCCAGACAACAGUCAAAAAUGAUUCUAGUUCUUUAGGAAAAACUAAGCUAAAUACAUCCCUCUCAAAAGAUUCCGGGGAAUCAGACUCUUCGGACUCUUCAAAAAUUGCACGUCAAGUAUUUGACUCCACUGACCAUUUCCAGCCUUCACGUAGCUUCUUAUUUCCUGGAACUGUAAACAGACCAGAGACGACAACUUCAGAUUCCGAGUCUUCGUGCAAAGAAGGCAGUUAUAUUUUGGACUCUGAGUUUUACCCGUCAAAAGGGCCGUGUGUCUCUGUCAACUCACCUCAUUCUUUACCGAUUUCAGCUGAUUUGCCUUCAUUGAACAACACUGAUAGUGAGGAUGAUGGUAACUCCGAUAUCAAAACACACAACCAUAAAGCUUUGAAAGGAAACGUCAAACUGGACAGGUCGGUGUCCUCGGAGGACGGCUCUCCUCCACUUCCACAAAGUAACCCUCCAGACGUUAUAGAAAAAAUAAGUCUUCAUAGCUAUGCAGGAAAUGAUAGUGAAAAUUCUGAAGUAAAACAAAUGGCCUCUGAAAGUUUUGUGAGCGUUGAUAAAAACCCAGGUUGUCCAAGGACGGCAGUUGCGUACUAUGGUCCUAUCUACGCCAGCAAUAAUACCCUCAUUUUACCAACACAGUCAUCACAACUGCCCUUCGAUCAUUUUGGAAAGCAAGAAACUCUGUCAGAUAAGGAUACCUCAAGCAACUCGUCUGGUUCGUCUACGUCAUCAAACCAUGAACACAAGGUUGCGCUCGAGAAUCAAAUUUCCGAAAAAGAAAAUGACAAUGUAACUGAAAAUGUAAUAUCUGAAAAGGUAGGCUUAACCGAAAACACUCCAAACCGAAGUACUGCAAUUGAACCACAAAAUAUAUGUACACCAACUGGUUCAAAGCAUGAAAAUUCACGCAGCAUUAAUGCAGAAAUUCACCAGGUGCUGAAGACCUUAGAUAACGCCAUAUUGGGUGUUUCCGCGGAUACUACGGAGCAGGAGACUUUAAAACACCGCGGUCAUCAUGUCGUGGUGGCCAUCGACUUUGGUACCACAUACAGUGGGUAUGCCUACAGUUUUACAAGAGACCCGUCCCAUGUCCAUUUAAUGAGGAAAUGGGAGGGCGGGGACCCAGGGGUCAUCAACGAGAAGACCCCCACCAGCAUCCUCCUGACUCCAGAGGGUCAUUUUCACUCCUUUGGCUACAGCGCUAGGGAUAACUACCAUGACCUUGGCAAAGAGGAGGCAAAAACGUGGAUGUAUUUUGAAAAGUUCAAGAUGAUCCUCCAUAACACGCCAGAAUUAAGCAAGGAUACAUUACUUAAAGCCUCUAAUGGAAGACUUUAUCCAGCAAUGGCUGUAUUUGCCCUGGCUCUGAAGUUCUUCAGGGACCACGCCCUACAAGAACUAAGUGACCAAUCAGGAAUGAAGAUUCUCAAUGAAGACGUGCGAUGGGUCAUCAGUGUACCCGCAAUAUGGAGAGCUUCGGCAAAACAAUUUACCAGACAGGCUGCUUACGAGGGUGGUUUGGUUUCCUCUCAAUGUCCGGAGCAGCUGAUCAUUGCUUUAGAACCCGAAGUUGCUUCUGUCUACUGUAGAACGUUAAAAAUGUACCAGCUUGUUCCGGAAAUAAACGAAGAGCGCCCUCUUCAGUCACCAAAAUUUGCCUCUGUUGAGCCAAUGAAUAUGAAUCCUGCUUGUGAGGAUUUGAAAGAAGGCAGCCGUUACAUGGUUGUAGAUUGUGGAGGGGGGACUGUAGAUAUAACUGUACAUCAAGUAGAUGAAGACCAGAAGCUGGUAGAGUUAUACAAAGCCUCAGGUGGCCCUUAUGGGUCAGUAGGUAUCGAUUUGGAAUUUGAGAACGUUCUUGGUAGGAUAUUUGGUAAAAACUUCAUGGAGAAUUAUCGACAGAAGUGUCCUGCUGGAUGGGUCGAUUUGAUGAUUGCUUUUGAGUCCAGAAAACGCUCAGCCAGCCCGCACAAGUUAUCUCCUCUUAACGUGGCCCUUCCGUUUUCAUUUAUAGAUUACUGCAAGAAGCACAAGCUAAUUAGUAUGGAGCACAUCAUUAAAAAAUAUGGAGAUAAAGAUAUUCAAUGGUCACGUCUGGGCAUGCUCCGUCUGACACCGGAAGCGAUGAGGAGACUAUUCCUUCCAACAAUAAAUAAAAUCAAACAGGCUGUUGGGGAUGUGCUUAACGCCAGAGGAACUAGGGAUCUAAAGUAUAUGUUCCUAGUCGGAGGUUUUGCUGAAUCAGCAAUUUUACAAGACGGAAUCAGAAAAGAAUUCGGUUCACUGUUAAAAGUGAUCAUCCCUCAAGGGGUGGGGCUAACGAUUCUGAAAGGCUCUGUGCUGUUUGGAUUGGAUCCUACUGUGGUCCACGUUAGGAAAUCGCGGGUGACGUAUGGACUGGGUGUUCUGAACACGUUCAGACCAGACCUACAUCCCGUGGAAAAGAAAAUGGUCAAAGGCGAUACAGAAUGGUGCAUGGAUAUUUUUGAUAAAUUUGUUCUCGAAGACCAGCCUGUGGCUUUGGGCGAUGUAAUAUUGAGGAGUUAUAGGCCAGCCUGUCAAAAUCAGAAGAAAAUACAGAUUAAUAUAUACUCUGCAGAGAAUCCAGACACUACAUUUAUCACGGAUACGGGAGUUCAGAAAUGCGGCAUUCUUUCCUUGGAUUUGGAGGAAGAUUCUGUGUCCGAGUUAUCUAGGAGGGAAAUUCAAACCAGGAUGGUGUUUGGAGAAACGGAGAUCCGUGUUAGUGCCCUGGAUGUGUGUACAGGCCAUCGUGUCCAGGCGGUUAUUGACUUUCUGAAUUACUGAUUUAUCAUCCCUCAACUACACAAUCUCAGACGAAA